CACAGAGAGCUGAUGCCGGUCACUUAUAAAGACCAGAUCACCAUCGAGAAGACCCCCGGGUACUUUGUAACCAAGGACGCCCCCCGGCGCAUCUUCGCCAUGGAUCCGGCCACAAAAUUACUUCUCGUGGUGCGCGACCCCGUGACCCGGUCCAUCUCCGACUACUGCCAGGCGGCCACCAAACACGCCAUGAGACCGUACGAGGAAAUGGCCUUGUUAGACGAGUCCCUGGGGCUGGUCAACACGUCCUGGGGCGCCAUCAAAAUUGGCGUUUACGCCAAACAUAUAGACCGCUGGCUCCAAGUAUUCCCCCUCAGUCAGAUCCAUAUUGUGGACGGGGAAAGACUCAUAGAACAGCCGGCCCAGGAACUGGCCAAGGUGGAGAACUUUCUGGGUCUGCCCAGGUUUAUCAACGAUGCCCACUUUUACCUCAGGGGUUUUAAAGGCAAGUUUCCUUGCCUGCUCCGAGACGGCAGGCCUCACUGCCUCGGGGAGAAAACUAAAGGCAGGGACCAUCCCGUCGUCAAAGAGUCUGUUCUGGAAAGGCUGAGAGACUUUUACAGACCUUUCAAUGCGAAGUUUUAUCAAAUUGUGGGGAAGAACUUUGGAUGGAGCUAACGAGAAUGCUACAAGUUUAUUUGAACAUUGCAUUUCGACUUUCAAGUGACAUAGAAUAUCAAUUUCAUAAAAUUGUGUUGAAAUUUCGACAUCAGAGAGAGAAUGCAGCAAUGUUUGCUUUCUUACUCUUGGCCAAAAACACAAGCAGUGCAAGAGAGCUGCUCCUGAGGGUUCGUGAGUCCGGUCAGAUGACAGUGCAAAAGGAACUGCUUCAAAGCCGAAUGCUCGCCAGUUAUUCAAUGAUAUUCCGACAAAACUGAACAUCGUAAGUUAAAACAGUUGGACCAACAAACAAGUCCCGAAAAACGAACAAGUCCCGAAAAACGAACAUUCGACCAAAUGACCCGGAUACAGUUCUGGGACUUUUGUAACACAUUUACAAGUGGUCCUACAACCGCGCUCUGCACGUCCUUAUUUCUUCAUGGUGUGGCGCGGUGCGUGGGUAGGUGCGGUUCAUUGAAAAGUUAUGUCCGGC